AUGAGCCACCUUAGCCACCUCAGCCCCGGACUGCUCUCAGCCUACAACAGUCUGACCGACAAACACCUCGCUGGAUACUUCAGCAACACUCGCAUCAGAAGACACUUGCAGAGAGCAGGACUGAUCACCAGGAGUGGCCGAAUCGUUCCAGACAAAGAGUACAGACACAAGCUGAGCCAGAGAGCCCACCAGAGACAUGUUCGGGAAUGUCUCGCCCAGGCCAUUUUCUACAAGGUGCUGGAGAUGGAGCGUCUCCAUCAGAUCGAGAUCAAAAGGAAACUGGAGGAGUUUGCAAGUAGGGAACGAGUGCACAAGAUCAAGGUGGAGCGCUCCAGAAGGUAUGAAGACGACAUCAUCCCCGUCCUGUCUCCACACCCACCCCCGGGUGUCAGGGGUUUCCGGAAGCAGCACUCUGGACCCGAGGGGGAGCACUCCGAGUCCUCCGACUCCCUGGGAUCGUCUCGACCCAACACGGCUCCAGGGAAGAUGCAGAGGCCGAUGCGUCUGAAGCCGAUCCACAGCAACGGCACCACGGCCUCACUGAGACUUGGCUCCCCUUACAGGCUCCAAGAGUCCUCCAAUGAGAACGAUCUGCUGUUCAACUGCACUAUGACCAAGGAGUCGCGGAGACGUUUGACUACAAUGGAGACCUCCAAUGAGAUCUCCCCCUACCGCCUCCCUGUCAUCAACAACUUUGUUGUUACCCCAGUGCCUCCAGCCACAAAGAGGAAAGAGAGGGGGCUCAAGUUUACUCCCAGCGGUGGCACGCUCCGAGGCCGCAGACUGCGCCCCACCACCGCCACCAGUGGUGCUAACGUCACUGAGGACCCCCCCAUGCUGAGGAGCUCUGUGCACCACAGCAGGGUGUGUGUGAACAUGGUGUACUUUGGCAAAACGGUGCAUCUCUCCCACGACCUGACCGACAUGAGGGACGAUGUGAAAGUGUUCCAGCAGCACUGCGGAGGAGAGAACCUGUCUGUGUAUAAAGGAAAGCUCUGCGAGGGAGAGUCCUUCCAGUUCCUUUCGAGGCGACACAGAGGCUUCCCCUUCAGUUUGACCUUCUUCCUGAACGGGCUGCAGGUGGAGCGGCUGAGCUCCUGCUGCGAGUUCAAACACAGGAAAGGCUCCAGACUUGGCGGCAGACACGGACACUUUGGCUUUGUCAGCGUAGAGGGGGGCUCUCCCUGCUAUAAGUGCAUCAUAGCGAUGGGAUUGGACAAAAAACCCACACCACCACCAAAGAGGGUGAAAGAGGAGGGAGGAAGAGAGGAGUCUGUCAUCAGCCCGAAGGAUGCUCCUGAGAUGGAAACAGAAAUGACCGGGGAGGAUGCUGCCUCCCCGUCCGACUGUGAAAGAGGUCCUCCACAGGAAGUGGAGUGUCCAGUCAAAGAGGCACAUGUCACUGUGCAGAGCAGAGUCAGAGAUGAUUAUGAAGAAGAUUUUGAAGCAGACGACGAGGGCCCUGUGGAAGAGGGGAAAGAAAAGAAAUCCCCAUCUCCAUCCAGUGACACUGAGACGCAGGUUAAAGAGAUGGAUGCAUCUGAGACUGAAGACGAUGAGAAGGACGACGACAUGAAGUCUCUUUCAGGCUCCAGCUGUACAAGUAGCGACCAGGAGGCGAGUGAUGAUGAAGCAACACAAGACCACAGAGAGACAGCGGAGCAGACUGCGGUGGUUGAUGAAGAAGAAACUGUUUCUCCACCAGACGAGAAAGAUGAACCGUAUCCAGAAGAAGCAGCUGUGACGGAGGCUGAGUCUGGUGCGGCUAAAGACCCGGACGUACGGGACACUGCGGGGGACAGCACAGAGAUCGACAACUCUGACACCAGCGUCCCCUUGGGGCAGGAGCUCAAACAGAGUGAUGACGUUUCGGGAGAAAAGGAGGAGGUGAAAACAGAGGAUGAGGGCAAACAGGAGGAGCAGGGGCCGGAGAGGGCUAAAUCUGUGCAGGAGAAACUGGUGGAGGCCAUUCUGAAGGAGUCUCAGUGCAGCUCUGAGCCCGAACUGAGCGACACCAGCACAGAGGAGGAGGAGGAGGCCACCGAUAAAGGCCACGGACAGAAGAGCGAUGAGGAGCUGAAAUGUGAAGAAAGUGUUGUUGAAGCUGAAGUUGUUGAAGAUCAGGAGGAGACAUCUGAGCCAAAAGAACAGGAGGAGGAUAGAACCGAAAAAGAGCUUCAUGAAAACAGGAAUAGCACCAAAGAUGAGCUGGACAAACAACUGGAUGAAGAUCAUGAUAAGCCUGCGUCAGAAGAAGAGAAGUUGGAGGACAGGGGUGCAGCUCUCCAUGCUGUGUCUGAAGGGCACAUGACACCAGAAAACACAGCUUCAGAACCUGAGGAGGGUACAGUAGCGAAAUGCAACGAUUCUGAAGCUGCACAGAAAGAUGUAGAGAGUGAGGAGAAAACUGCAGAAGCAGAGGAGGCGGAUGAAUCAUCGGUAUCGGAGCUGGAUAGAAAGACUGACGAGACAGCGGCGUCGGAGGAUGCAGAGGAAGAGGCGAUGACAGUGAGCGAGGCAGUGGAGAUGAAAGCGGAGCCCUCAGAGGAGCGAGAGGCCCUCCGCUGUGAAGAGGCACUUGCGAGCGACACAGAGGAGAGGCAGCAGGGAGACAGCACGGCAGCAUCACUAACAGAAGUCACAACGGAGGAUUCGAGCAGCUCGCUGGAGGGGAGCGCAGACACCACAGUGGAAAAAACAGCAGAUAUUAGUGAAGACAGUGUAAAUGACGAGGGCAGUCAAGAUGAGGUUAAAAAGGAAGAAGCAGAGCUAGUGAGUAAGGAUGGGAAUCAGGAAGAUGAAGGGUUGGGUGGAGAGCAGAGAGAAAAAUCUGCGGAAACAAGUGGUGAGGUAGAGAAGGAGAAAUCUGAGGAGGAAAGUAAGGAAGCAGAAGGUGAACAUCGUGGAGAAAAGGAAGAGAAUGAAAAACAUGAAGAGGAAGAGGGCAAAGAUGAAAUCAAGACAGAAGAAAUGAUAGAAGAUGAGGCAAAUGUUGUAGAAGAUCCUAGAACUGACUCAAACCCUGAAAGGCAGACAAAUGAAGAACCUGCUGAUGAAGAAGAUGAUGUUGCACAUGAAGAGAAAGCAGAGGAAUCAGAAAAAGACGAGGCUAGUGAAAGUGCUGAGAAUAAAAAUAGCGAGGAAGAAUCUGAAGCAAAGGAAGCCGUGAUUGAUAAAACCAGUGAAGGUGAAGAAGUAAAGGAGACAAAGGCAGAGAGGGACGAAGAAAAGGGUGAGGGAGCAGAAAAAGAAGAGAGAAAUGAGGAAGAACAAAUGGAAUCUGAAAAGAGUAAAGAUGACAAUGAGAAAGCUGAAGAGAGAGAAGAAAAGUCAGCGAUUACCGUAGAACCUGAGAAAAAUCCUGAUGAUGAGAAGACCUCUAGCAAAAAUACAGCUGAGUCAGAAGACGUCAAUGAAACAGCCGAUGGAAAUAAAACGACUGAACACACGGUGGAGUCAGAAGAUGCUAAGAAAGAAAAUGAAGGAGCGAGUUCCAACAGUGAGAGAGGAGAAAUUGAUGGUGAAAAUGGAGAGAUUUCUACUGGAGGGGAAAGAGAUAGUCAUAAUGAUGAUGAGUUAGAAGCUUCAAAAGAGGAGAGUAAUGAGGAGAAAGCAGCCGAGUGUGUUGAAGACGAAAGAAUAACAGAGGAGGAACCGACUGACGGUGAAAGUGCGGAGGUUAAAGAAGCAGAUUCUGGAGAUGGUGCUCGAAAACAUGAUGACGAGGUUGAGCAGGAUCAUGGAAUCGAUGCGUCAGGAAGUGAAGCUCGGGAAAGAGACGACAGUGAUAAACAAGAGGAAACUGCUCAAAAAGAUCCUGAGCAAGAGAGCAAAGAAACAGAGAUAACAGAAGAAUCUCAACCAGAUCACAUGGAUACUGAUGGAGAGCAAAUGAAACAAGACGAAAAUGGCAACAAACCUGAACUCAGUGAAAACAGAGAUUCAGACUUGAUUGAAAAUAUUGAUAGUAAAACCAACGAGGAUAAGGCACAAUCUUCAGCACCCACAGAUGACGGUUUAGGUGGCACAAGUCACAAAUUAGACGAGUCCACCGCAACAUCUGACAAAACAACAUGCUCUGAUCAACUUGCUGCUGUCGCCAAUGGGGAAAACGGAGAGGACGCGGAGGAGGCGAGCAAGGCCUCAGAGGAAGGAGCAAGUGUGCUCCUCAAACCUCAAGCACAAAACGAGGAGGCUCCUAACGCAGAAGAGAGCGUCGCAGUGGAUAAAGAAACUCCAGAGGCCCUGGCAGCAGAAGACAGCACAGAUCUGGUCACAAACUGGGUAAACACGCAUCAAAUGUCAAAGGACUUUGAGACAUUUGUGGAACCUUUAGAGGAUUUAAGGGAAGAGAAGUCACACGCUCAAGUUUACAGUAAAGAAGAGACGAAAGCUACAGAGCUGCUGAGGGUAGAGACUCCACCUGAGAGCGACGCCAUCAAAGAUACAUCCGAGGAGAAAGAGGAGACUGAGGUGGAGGAAUUCAACCAGAUGAUACAGACUGAAGAAAAUGAUGAAGAGUCUUCAAACGGACAAAGAAAACGAAGCAAGGAAUCUCUAGAGGAAGACGAGGAUCAAAAAGGAGCAACACAGACGCACGGUGAUGUUUCAAAGACUGAAGUGGAAAGCAUUGCCGGUACUCAUCAUUCUGCUGCCAGUCUCAAAGCUGAGAGUGUCACCGAGAAACAAAGUGAAGAGAAAACUUCUGCUCGUGAUCCAGGAAAAGAAACAGAAACUGAAGAGACAAAAUAUCUCCAAGCUGCGUCCAAAACAGACGAGGACAUUGAGCGCCCAGCGAGUCCAGGUGGAGCCAAAGAUGCCGAGGAAUCAUCGGGGAAAACAGAGGAGCAGAGUGGAGAAGUGACGGAAAUAACUGAUUUUACAACGUCCAAGUCCGACGAUGGAAGCCAAGAGGAGUCCCAGGACGGAGGGAUCCGGCCCAAACCGUCCGGCAGCAGCCUGAACGGAGAGAGAAGGGACGAGCAGCUGAUCAAAGACAUCAAACGCACCCUGAGCAAAGACAGACUGAGUUUGUUCUCCGUAGAUGAGACGCUGUUUGGGAGCAGUUCGUAUCCUUUGCUGAGCACAGCGAGGACGGAGAGUUGA